ACUACUACAUAUUUUAAUUUCGUAUACAAGUAAUUCUUUUAAGAGAAAUCCUUGAAAAUGAGCGCCGGUUCCAGAGCUUCCGGUUCGGAUGAUGAGCCUUUGGUGCCGGAGGAUUUUGAUGAUGAUUUCUAUACGAAUUUAAUGGAUAAAGUACCUGAGAUUACGAAAGCUUUGCGGCAGAAGGACACUCACGAUAAUGCGGACAAUGUUCAACGUAUGGUUAUUUGCUCGAAUCGCUACAAAUCAGACUGGCAUUUGGAACAACUGCGCUGCCAAGAGCUUACCGAAGAAAUACAGCGCUUGAAAGAACGUUUGGAUCAUGUCAACAAGCUGAGUAAAAUGGAUCAGGCUACCAUAGCGGAGUUGCGUACUGUCAUCGAGGGCGCUUGGUUGCAAAAGGAUGCCGCACAAUCACGUGAACAGCACGCUCAGGAUGAAAUGUUGAAGAUGAGAGAAAAAAUGGAUACACUCGAGCAAAUGGUUGAGCAUUUAAGCGAUAAGCGCUCUGGGUUGCAAAGCAAACGGGAUGAACAAAACGAGCGAGAUAAACUUAACAACGAAAUUCGGGAACUUAACAAACGUAUCCAAAUACAACGCCUCUAUACCAGCGAAGUGGAAGCAAUGACACAAACACUGGAGGAAAAGAAUAAAGCUUUAGUCAAAAUGCUUGAUGAAACCUCGAAUGAAGCGUACAACAACCGCAAACGUUUGGACUUGCUGGAAAAGGAGCUUGCUCAGACACGCAGCGAAGAAGCCAAAGCCAAAGAGAAGAUUCAACAAAUCAAAUCGCACAAUGAUCAAUUGAUCAAAUUAAAGGUGCGCCAUAAUCUACAAAUCCUCUCACUAAAGAGCAAUCUGGAGCAUCUGCAUACGCAACAUAACACCACAAGCAACAAGCUAGCCAAGACCGUAGUGGAACUCGAAUAUGCGAUACAGGAACGCGAUGAGAACAAGCGGGCGUUAACGCAGCGCAUUAGUCUGUUGAAGACGCGAGAGGAUGAGAUUAUCAAACUGAAACGUGAGAAUGCGAAGCUGGUCAAAUCGGAGGAGAACACCGCACGCAAGUACGCAACCCUAAAUGAUGCACGCUCCAAGGCGGAGGAGGAGAAUGCGCGCUUGAAAACCCAGCUGAGUACACAGGACAAGGAGUUGGAAUCGAUGCGACGCAUUGUACAUCAAUUCGAAAAGAACAACGAACAUCUGACUAAGGAGCGCGACACGCUGAAACGCGACUUGUUCGCCGAACAUCAGACAGCCGAACAGACAGACGAACAGUUCCAGGAAGCACAGCACCAGAUUAAAUCGCUACAAGAAACCAUAUCUACCAUGGAAGUGCGACAAAAGAAACUGCAAGAGGACUACAACAAGUUGAAGAAGGAGAAGACGAAAAAAGUAGAUGAAAUCCAAGUUUUGUUGGACAAAAUCGAUGCGCUGCAAAACGAAAUACAAUUGAAAGAAAACUACGAGGUUGAACUAAAACGCGCCAUAAGCGAUCUCGAGCAAAAGACUAACAAUCUACAACGUCAACACGAUGGGUUGUUAAACGAGAAAAACAGUGUUAUGCGAAAUCUGCAGACAUCCGAGGAGAAACACGGAAAAUUGGAGCAACAAAUUUCCAAGCUACAGGAGGAUAUCGAGUGCUACAAAACUAAGGUAUCCCUAAGAGAGAGUGAGAUGGGUCGACUGCAAGUGCAGAUCGAUAAAUUGGAGAAAGAGCGCCGGCUGCUAAAGACUGAGUUACGCUACUCCCAACUGGCGCAUCAGCACACACGUUGUGAAUUGUUGGAGCGUAAGAAGCUGUGCGAUAAGAACACCAAAUCGCUGCAGGAGGACAACCAAAAAUUAUCGCAACUGAAGCGUGAACUGGAUCAUAUCAGAGACGAGAAGAAUACCGUGUCAGUGGCGCUCACAAAAUGCAAUGACGACUACGCGCAGUUAAAAGAUCAACUGCAAACACUGCAAACGGCCUACGAGCAAACCGAGCGGCAAUAUGCGCAAGCGCAAGAAGAUAUGCGUCUGAUGCGCAUGGAAAUCAAGAAUUUACGUACGGAACGCAAUGUGUUGCGCAAGGAUCGCGAAAAUGCGGCAGAUUUGCGACAGGAACUGCUACAAAUGCAUAGGCUGCUCAAUCAGGAACGUAUCAAGGCACGCGCCAUGCAGGAGGAGAUGAUGACACCGAUGAAUGUGCAUCGUUGGCGCAAUUUGAAAGGACGUGAUCCAGAGAAAAUGGAUCUAAUACAGAGAAUACAAACUUUGCGAAAGCAAAUACUACAGCAAAACGUGACAGCACUGCAGCACGAAGAAGCGCUCGAGGAAUCGCAACGGCUUUAUGAGGCACUUAAAGAGUUUAUGCUUAAGCUGCCGAGUCAUAAAGUGCGUGCCGAAUUGAAUAGCGUGAAAGCUACUUUGUCUGGCAAAGAACGAAAAUUGAAAGCACUAAUGGCCGAACUGCACGUGAGAGAAUUGGACGAGAAAAGUAAUUCACAAAAGUUAGACGAACUAAAGGUACGUCUUACCGAUGCCAAAUCUCAGCUGAACCUCGAGAAAAGACAGAAGCAAAAACUUUUAGAAGAGCGUCAGCUAUUGGUACAAAUGCAGGCACAAUGCUUCUCAGCGCCACCAAAUAUGCAACGCACACUGGGCGCUAGCUUCAAGCUCAUAACUGGAGCGUAAACAGGAAACAAG